AUGACCAGAAAGAACUUCAUGAGAAGGUGGUAUAAUGAAACUCCUUUAUCAUAUAUUCGACAUGAUCUUUCUGAUAAAUUUAAUGAUGAAUUACAUAUUCAACAUAAUUUUUCUGAUAAAUUUGAUGAUGAAACAAUUCAUUCUGAUAGCGAAGUUACAGAAGAAGAAGUAGUAGAUGAUGAACUACUUGAAAGUUUAAGUGAUGUUGAUAACAAACUUGAAAGUUUAAGUGAUUGUGAUAAAUCUAUAAAUAUUUUAACAGAAUCUGAAAAAACUUUAAUUUUAUCAGUAGAUAAUAAUACAUCUCAAUUAUUAACAUCUUGUUGUAUUAUUGAUACUUUCAAUAGUACAAUUCGAUGCUGUAAUGCUACAAAAGAUUUUAAAAAAUUGUGGCAACUUGUUGGUAUGUGGGAACUUGCUAAAAAUGCUGUUCAAGAGUUACAUGAAGAAGGUCUUAAAAAAAAAACUCAAACAAUUGAUAGUUUAAUUCAUUUUAAAAGAUGCUUAUUUUGUGGUAUUAAUAAAUAUUUCUAUAGUCAUGGAAAGUUAUGUUCUCAAUACUCAUGGAAUCCUUUAGAUUUACGAGCACGUUAUAUCUGUUAUACUUGUUUUGAAAAAAAUAGAGGUCAUUUGCAUUAUCGACCUGGAAAUUGCAAAUCUAUUAAAGCAUGUCACGAAAUUGACUUGCAUAAUGAAGAUAUUAUAUUAGUACUUAAAUUAUUUAGUAAAUUGAUAUUAGAUAUUGCAGAAUUCGGUAACUUAGAUAUAAAGAAUAAUCUUCUGUAUUAUUUAAAUCCUACUUUACAAAUUCUUAUAGAUGAUAAUUCAUCUUCUCAGUCAUUACUUUCUAUACUAAUGACUUUAUUAAAUUCUAAAUUAUCGAAUACUUUGAGUCUUUUUGUUAUUAAAAUGGCUAUUAAAUUAAAGUAUAUUAAGAUUAAUAAGGAUAAGGUAGCAAAAGAUCUAUUACCCGAAGAUUGCAUAAAAUUUGGUAAUGCAUUAGCAAAUAAAAUUUGGAUAUCAAAGCUAUAUCUUAAAGAAAAUUGCAUGGAUUUAGAAAAUCCAAUGACAUUAAAACAAUAUUAUGAUGCAUUACCUAGAUAUUUAACAGUUUUUUUUAGUAUAUUAGUUCAUAAUUUAGUACUAAAAUGUCAUGCUAUAGCUGCUAGAAAAGCUAAACAAGAAAAACAGCAAA